CCGGGCAGGAGACUCGGUGCCUGGUUGCUCCCCCGCCGCAGCCGCGGCGCGCCGGGGCCCUGCAGAUGGCCAGUCCUGGGCUGGAGCUGGGAGAGGUUCAGCCUCCUGCCGAGCCCCCGCAGCCCGAGCUGGCCUUCACCGAGGCUCAGAAAUGGAUCGAGCAAGUGACCGGCAGAAGUUUUGGUGAGAAAGAUUUUCGUUCUGGAUUAGAAAACGGCAUUCUUCUGUGUGAGUUGCUGAAUGCGAUAAAGCCAGGGUUGGUAAAAAAGAUCAACAGACUGCCGACCCCCAUUGCAGGUUUGGAUAAUAUCAUCUUAUUCUUAAGAGGCUGCAGAGAACUGGGACUUAAAGAAUCUCAGCUUUUUGAUCCUGGUGAUCUGCAGGACACAUCAAACAGAGUAACCAAGAACAUUGACUAUAGUAGGAAGCUGAAAAAUGUAUUAGUCACCAUUUAUUGGCUAGGGAAAGCAGCAAACAGCUGCACAUCAUAUAACGGAUCAACCCUGAACCUGAAGGAGUUUGAAGGCUUCCUGGCACAAAUGAGAAAGGAAACAGAGGAUAUUGAGAGCCCCAAGCGCAGCAUUCGUGACAGCGGCUACAUAGACUGCUGGGACUCGGAGCGCAGCGAUUCCCUCUCCCCGCCUCGCCACGGCAGAGAUGAUUCCUUCGACAGCCUGGACUCCUUUGGCUCCCGCUCGCAGCAGACACCGUCUCCAGAUGUAGUGCUCAGAGGGAGUAGUGAUGGGAGAGGAAGUGACUCAGAAACUGACCUGCCACACAGAAAGAUGCCAGAUGUGAAAAAAGAUGAUAUGUUGGCGAGGCGGACCUCACAUGGUGAACCUAAAUCAGCUGUGCCUUUUAACCAGUACCUCCCAAACAAGAGUAAUCAGACUUUCUAUGUACCUGCUCCGCUUCGGAAGAAGAAAGCUGAACGGGAGGAGUACCGAAAGAGCUGGAGCACGGCGACGUCCCCGCUGGGAGACAGACCCUUCAGCAAACCCCACCCUGAAACCAUAGAAGAAGAACUGAAUGAAACAUCAGGACUGUGUGAAAAAGAGAAAGUGGGCUCCAUGGCUCCUGAAGCAAGCUCCCUUAAAAAUCAAUUAGGUGUGAAUCAAAGUGAAGAAAACUCCACAGACCAGUCUCCUUCAUGUAGUGCAAAGGAAACAUCAGCACCCAAGGGGAAAGAUGUGGAAGAGAUCAGAAAGUUAAGAAGACUGGAACAAGCUGGCAUUAAGGUCAUGUCAGCAGCCCAGCGCUACGGCAGUAAAAAGCCAAUAUGUGAAGACAGUGGAAGCACCCCAGACAUCAUCCUUCGCAAGGACAACCCCUUCAUGACACAUUAUCAAGGAAAGGAUUCUGGUUCAGAAGAUGAAGCAGCCAGCAGAGUUCCUGAUUUAGAAAAGGAUGACUUUGCCACCCGGAGAGCCAGAAUGAAUCAACCCAAGCACAUAGUUCCAUUUAACUCCUUUUUAAUUGGACCCUAUACAAGUAAAGAGAAAGGUAAACCAGAAGAUGUUAAAAAGCCGUUGCAGAUGGAAAAAAAGGAACAUGCAAGAAGAAGACGGGUGCACGUGACAUCAGUAAGGCAAACAGUUACAAGCAAAGAGAACCCACCCCUACAAAAUGAGAAGACUGAGUCAGAGGAGGAACAGCAGGUGAAAGAGCUUGAUAAUGAGAGAGAUGAUUUGGCAAAACGGAAAUUGAUGCAAUCUCAAAGCCUCCUUCCUCAGCUACAAGAUGAUGUGCUUUUUGCCAAUGCCUCUAUAACAAGAGCAGAUCUGGAGACCUGGAAAAGAUUGAAACUGUCAGGGGACCCCAGUGAAGAAGAUUUCAGAUGUUCCAGCAACCCUCUGCCACCAGCUGAUACCACAGUGAAAGCAGUAGCCCAUGAUGAUUUUGCUGUCCGCAAAACCAGAGCAAACAAAAAGGCUGGUGGCCCCAAGCAGAAGUUUGUGCAUUUUGGGCCAGUAACUGAGAUUGAUCAACAGAAAUGGGACAAGCUUGUAAUUGGCAGAGCUUCAUCCAAGAGUGGAACAGAAGAGGAAAGCAAGAAAGAUGGUGUGGAAACUCUCUCUGGUGUUGAAAGCUCUUCUUCAAACACUGCUGUCAGUCUUGGUCUGGCUGAAUACAGCAGUGGAGUAUCUGAGCCAGAAAAUGAGUCCAGUGAGGGAGGAGUCAAGUCAGGUACAGAUGACUCUUGCAGGAGAACUCCAUCUCCUGUACCAGUUUCUGAUGUCAUCUCUGAGGAACAAACCCCAUGGAGAUUGAGCAAACAGCAAGAAAGUGCCAAGGAAGAAUGUGACAGGAAUUUACCAGAUAUUGAGAGAGAUGAUAUGUUGGUUAGAAGGAUGGGAACUUUUUCAAGGCGUACCACAAGCUCCAUUCCCGUAAAUUGUCCUCCCCUGUCAGUAGCUCCUUAUCUGCCACAGCAGCAGCAAGAGGAGGCUGUAGCUCGUGAAAAGGAUUUGAAGACUCUGCAGGAAGGAGAAAGUACUGUCACACAAGAAGAGAGCCAACAACAGCUUGAAAUCCCUCAGCUGCAGAGUGAUGGAACAGAAAACAAAACGAAAUUUCCAGACCCUCAAAGAGAUGACAUGUUAGCCAGAAGAACUGGAGCUUUUCUUAAACAGCCUGGGCCCAGUACUAAGCAGUUCCUUCCCAUGCCAUUUUCAAAGCAGCACAAUAAGCAGGGCACAACUACAGAACUUGAGAAGAAAACCACGAGGCCUGAGAAAUGUCCACAAGUCUACACUAAUAGGUCUGGAAAACCUGCAAUAGAACCACCACAAGAACAGCAGCAAGGGCAGGAGGACAGACUCCCACCUACAGGAGAAGAUGAGAUUAUUAGUACUGCCCAAGUGGCUGAAAAUGGCAACAGUGAAGUCCACCUUGGUCAAAAAUCUAAGCUUCAGGAGGUUCCUGAGGAAAACAAAAUGGAAACACUUUCAUCCAAGGAUGAGCAUCUGCAAAUAUUCGGCCCCAGAACUGCUGUGUCUGAUGACGCAGAGAGUAUGAGUAUGUUUGACAUGAGAUGUGAAGAAGAAGCCGUGUCUCAGCCUCAUAGCAAAGCUCGCCAUGAGAAGCUGCAGAAUAUACACAACCAGCUGAAAGAGGACGAGACCAGAUGGCAAGAUGACCUGGCUCGGUGGAAGAGUCGUCGAAGGAGUGCUUCACAGGAUUUGAUUAAAAAGGAAGCUGAGAGAAAGAAAAUGGAGAGGUUAAUGGCUGGAGAGGGAACGAAUGAGCGCAGAAAAAGCAUCAAAACCUACCGAGAAAUUGUGGAGGAGAAAGAGAGAAGGGAGCGGGAGCUUCAUGAGGCAUACAAGAAUGCAAAGACACAGGAGGAGGCUGAGAGCAUCCUCCAGCAGUACAUUGAAAGAUUCACUAUCAGUGAAGCUGUCCUUGAGCGUUUGCAGAUGCCAAAAAUCCUAGAAAGAAGCCAUUCAGUGGAACCAAAUUCCCCACUGAAAGACCCAAAUCCUCUGAGAUAUUUAAGGCAACAGUCACUUCCUGCUCCAAAAUUCACUGCCACAAUUGAAGCAACCAUUGUUCCCACCACUGAAGUAGAGCCCAGCAGUUCAACAGGACGCACAUCUCCCAGCAAAAAUGUCUCCAAGGCUGUGCCUAUGCUGACACCCAAGCCUUAUUCACAACCCAAAAAUACACAGGAAGUUUUAAAGAACUUUAAGGUAGAUGGAAAAGUCAGCAUGAAUGGAGAAAAUGUCAACGGCACAGAAGAAAAGGAUAAAGAAUGUACAACAGUAAUAUUUACUCCUUCACCAACCAGAUCUGUGAAAUUUGAUGGAGUAGCCAGAGGGGACAAGCCCCCGGUAGAGUUGAAGAAGGACCCCCCAAGUGUUGAGCUCAGUUUACAGAGGCCUGCCACUCAGAGUGUGCACAAAGAGCCAACAGCCUCCCCAGUGGAACUGGAUGGAGCUGACAGCCUGCAAGCCGAGCCCAGACCCAGCAGUGUGACACCUGCCUCCCCGGAGUGCCCGUCCCCAGAUCAAAAGCAAUUCAAGUCAACUGCAGCUUGUUCCAGCCCUGUUGUGAAGAGACUAGAAUUUCUUCCCAGUCCUGUCCCUUCAGAGGAAACUGCUUCAAGCAAGAAAGAUGUGAAGAAAGCUGAAACAGAGCAGCAGAAGGAAGCAGAGGUCCCUCCUACACAGGAGGUGACUAAAGCAAAGGCUCUGGAAGAAAAGGGGAGUCUAGUGCUGCCAUUUUUAAAGAAACUACCUGAAACCAGCCAAGUUACUCUGCAUAACUCUGGUCUACAAGCUGAUUCUGAUACUGGUGAUAAAUCAAAUCGUUUCAACUUUUGGUCCUGGGAUCCAGAAGAAGAGCGCAAGCGCCAGGAAAGGUGGCAGCACGAGCAAGAACGCUUGCUUCAGGAGAAGUAUCAGAAGGAGCAGUACAAGCUGAAAGAGGAAUGGGAGAAGGCCCAGAGAGAAGUUGAAGAGGAGGAGCGUAGAUACUAUGAGGAGGAACGAAAGAUAAUUGAGGAUACUGUAGUUCCAUUCAUUGUUUCUUCAAACUCCGCUGAGCUCCUCUCCUCUUCUUCCUCUACCACUGAAGGAAACAAGACAGUGAACUCAACUGAUUCAAACAGCUGUACAGGGGAAGGCAAGCAAAAAGAAGUUCCAAAGCAGAAAAAUCUGCUCUGGGAACAGGACACUGUGUCACCUCUGAAAAGCAAGGAAAGUGAACUCUGGCAAGAAAAGAGGAGUGGAAAUAAGGUGCUCUCAGGAUACCCAGGGACUGGUAUCCUGAAAGGAGGAAGCGAGCAGGAGCACCACAUGCCAGGGAUGGAGCGCAGCUCACCUGCCAGGCUGAACCUGCCUCUGACCCACGAUGAGAAUGUCUCCUGGAAUCAGCAGCUGCUGACAAGGCGAUCUCCACAGUGCGCGGAGGACAUUCGGCAGAGACCAUUCCUGGGCCAGGCUGUGGGACAGCAACCAAGCUCUGCAGGGGAAGCAAGGAGGGCAGGCUACCAUGAGAACUUCCGAUCUGGGCCGUCAUCUCCCUGCUCUCCUGCUGCUCUCAGUCACUCACCCAACAGGUACCAAAGGUCUGUCAGCGGGAAGAAGCUUUGUUCUACCUGUGGUCUGCCUCUUGGAAAAGGAGCUGCCAUGAUUAUUGAAACACUCGGUCUCUAUUUCCAUAUUCAGUGCUUCAGGUGUGGGGUUUGCAAGGGCCAGCUGGGAGAUGCAGCGAGUGGCACGGAUGUCAGGAUCAGAAAUGGCCUUCUGAACUGCAACGAUUGCUACAUCCGAUCCAGGACUGCUGGACAGCCAACUACAUUGUGACAUGACUUUCAGUCCUAAUAAAUUUCAAGAAGGAACUCUCUUCUCAUAUGUAUCGGCUGCCUCCAGACAAUCACUUGUAAAAGCUUGAAUCCAUGGACAUGAUGGCUCUCAUCUCGUUUUUAAAAAACUCACAAAAAAGCUGCACCUGCUCCUUUGAAAUGCAAUAUGUUGGUUUUUGCUUCCUUAAGAAAUUUGCAAAAUAUGUAUGACCAUGUUUGGGAAAGCAAAGCCUGAGUACUAUAAAAAAAAAAAAACAAAACCACCUUUCAGGUAUGCUUAUGAUACCCAGUCUGUUACCUUGUUCUUUUGAAAGUAAUAAGAGAAUAAACAUGCAAUAAAGCUGUUUUGUUUUAAUAUUUCUAGCAAUUAAAAACUUUAAGUUUACAGAACCUUUAUAGAAUAUGCCAACUUGAGCUGAGAAGUAAUUUUGAGAUAGUAUCUAAUCAGUGCAUUUGGAAAACUAAACAUCACAGCACGACUUCUCUGUUAUAACUGAAGCUGUCACUUUUUUUAUACAGAGACUAGUUUGAUAAUACAUCCUGUACUUCUGAAGCAUUUUUUGUUUAUACUACCUUCAAUGGAGGGUAGAAGUUAAACAAAUAAAUUAUUGCACCUUUAGUCAUAGGAUUUUUUGUUUGUGUACCUCAAGUAAUGUUCAUGACUAUAGCUUAAUAUUCUCUGAAAUAAAGAUUUCUUCAUUAAACCUAAA